ACAAAGGAGACCGUCUGCCUCCUUUGUCCUGGAUUUGGGAGUUGAGCGCCUUCGUCGCCAUUGGCUUUCCUCCCCCAGCUCCAGCCUCUCUCAUCUUGAGAAUCUGCGUCAGAAGUCACUCGCAGUCCCGCCAGCCCAGAAGAAGUAAAGCAGGUUAACAGCAAUUCUGAGAAUUUGCAAAAACAGCCUGCAAGGAAAAUGAAGCUCCCUAUUUUCAUAGCAGAUGCAUUCACAGCAAAAGCAUUUCGUGGGAAUCCUGCUGCUGUUUGUCUCCUAGAAGAUAAAUUGGAUGAAGACAUGCAUCAAAAAAUUGCAAGGGAAAUGAAUCUCUCAGAAACUGCUUUUAUCCGAAAACUGGACCCAACUGACAACUUUACACAAAGUUCCCGCUUUGGACUAAGGUGGUUUACGCCAGCAAGUGAGGUCCCUCUCUGUGGCCAUGCUACCCUGGCUUCCGCAGCUGUGCUGUUUCACAAAAUAAAGAAUGUGAAUAGCACUCUAAACUUUGUCACGCUGAGUGGGGAGCUAAAGGCCAGAAGAGCGGAGGAUGGUAUCAUCCUGGAUUUGCCUCUUUAUCCAGCCCACCCCCAGGACUUCCAUGAAGUAAAGGACUUGAUAAAGACCGCCAUAGGUGACACACAGGUCCAGGACAUCCGCUAUUCUCCAGAUACCCGAAAGCUCCUUGUCCGACUCAGUGAUACUUACGACAGGUCAUUUUUGGAGAAACUGCAAGUGAACACACAGAGUCUGCUGCAAGUGGAGAACACAGGGAAGGUGAAAGGACUCAUUCUCACCAUUAAAGGAGAUCCUGGUGGGCAGACCCAAGCGUUUGACUUUUAUUCCCGAUAUUUUGCGCCAUGGGUUGGUGUGGCGGAAGACCCUGUAACAGGAUCUGCACAUACUGUUCUCAGCAGCUACUGGUCCCAGCAACUGGGGAAGAAAGACAUGCAUGCCUUUCAGUGUUCCUGCAGAGGAGGAGAACUGGAGAUUUCAUUGCGUCCUGAUGGACGAGUUGACAUUAAGGGAGGCGCUGCCGUUGUUUUAGAGGGUACUCUCACAGCCUAGAGAUGGUUGUGCUGAGAUGCUCCUAUCUCAGCACAAAAUGACUAAGUAUUUUCUGUUUACAAAGAAACAUAAGGGGCUGCCUUUAGCAAACUUACAUAGUAGUCCACUUAAUCCUCAUGUUAAAAAUAGAAAAAUGAAGACAUAUUCAUGGAGAUUUAAUAACGCAUCCUAAUUAACUGAUGGAGUUUUGGCUCUCCUGUGAGUGUAUUUGAAGUGUAAGUAACCAGUAACAAAGAAUAAUGUUGUCACCUUUGAUUAUGACUACCAAUCACAGAUAAGGAACAAAUUUAUGAGGAUAAGAUCAAACCAUUUAAACUCAGGUGUAUCUGAUAGAAUAUUUUGCAGCCAUUAAAAACAACCCAAUAACUAUGUGGAAAUAUAGAAAAAUGUUUCAAGAUAUAAUACUAAGAAAGAAAAUUACAGUAGACUAUAGAAUGUUAUGCUUUCUAUGGAGAAUAUGAAUUUAUAUGGACAAGGAUGGGUCACGAAGACAGACAAGUGGAAACAGUUUAUGUGUGGGGAAUAAAAUUGGGAAUAAUUUUAAUGUAUUUAAAAACUUAUUUUCUUUAUUGGAAUACGCUCAUCUUUAAUAACUAAAAAUCAGGACGUAUAACUAAAUAAAAACCCAGUAACUUAAAAAAAUGUAUGUGUAUUAGUGUGGUAAUAAAAUUAAACACUA